AUGGACUCCAUGCUGGAGCUGCAUCCUCCAGAGUCAUUUGCAUCAACUCAACAAUUAAUUGGUAAAAUCCAGUCACUUGUUCUGAUCUCGUCUGCUACAGACCUCUACUCCACACAGAACAAGAAUCCAAGUAAUGAAGAUAGUAAGUGUGAGAGGUUGGCGUUAGUGUUCCUGGGUGUGGCCCUGCUGGCCGCCUCCACCUGCGCCCUGCCAGGUGGCAGUGGAGCCUAUGGUGGCGGUGGUGGAGGUGCAGGAGGAUCCGGAGGUGGAGGGUAUGGAGGAGGUGGCAGCAGUGGAGGUGGUGGCGGCAAUGGAGGCGGUGGGUAUGGAGGUGGAGGCUACAGUGGCGGCACGUCCUCUGCCGUUUUUAACCUCGGAAGUCAUGGAAGUGGGUCCAGAGGCGGUGGCAGCUUCGGUGGUGGCGGCUUCGGCGGUGGCGGCUUCGGCGGUGGCGGCUACAGUGGUGGCAGCUCUGGAGGUGGCGGCUUCGGUGGUGGCGGCUUUGGCGGUGGCGGCUACAGUGGUGGCGGCAGCUCUGGAGGUGGCGGCGUUGGCGGCUACAGUGGUGGCGGCAGCUCUGGAGGUGGCGGCGUUGGCGGCUACAGUGGUGGCGGCAGCUCUGGAGGUGGCGGCUUUGGCGGCUACAGUGGUGGCGGCAGCUCUGGAGGUGGCGGCUUCGGCGGUGGCGGCUACAGUGGUGGCGGCUUCAGUGGUGGCGGCAGCUCUGGAGGUGGCGGCUUUGGUGGUGGCGGUUACAGUGGUGGCGGCAGCUCUGGAGGUGGCGGCUUCGGCGGUGGCGGCUUCAGUGGUGGCGGCAGCUCUGGAGGUGGCGGCUACGGAAAAUAA